GGUGGACGAGGCGGAGCUGGAGAGGAGCACCUUUGAGCACCUCGAGGCGGCAGGACAGGAGCAAGAGGAGGAAGGGGAAAAAAGUGAUAAAAUUGAAGUUGAUGCUGAAGAGGCUGAAAAUGAGGAGGAGGAGGAGGAGGAGGAAGAGGAAGAAAAGCAGUCCAAAGUUGACCAGUUUAAAACUCCGCUUAAAAAGGCCAAAUCAAAGUCCGGCCUGACUGGCCUAACUGAGACGGAGAUCAUCGCCCAGGGCAUCUUCUUCCUGACCGCCGGCUACGAGACCAGCAGCAGCACCAUCUCGCACGCCCUCUUUGAGUUGGCGCAAAAUCAGUCAGCUCAGGCUCGACUGUACGACGAGCUGAAAACCGCUCUCGAUUCACUUCCUUCAACCACCAGUCGCACUUCGCCGGAGUAUUUUGAGGCGGUGCUCAGCCGUCUGCCGUACCUGGAGGCAGUUCUCAAGGAGACCCUGCGGAAGUACGCCCCCGUUCAGGCGGUGCUGAGGACUACCGUCACCGACGGUCACCGGCUGGAGAAUAGACUACCUCUUGAGAAGGGCCAGACGAUCAUGAUACCGGUAGGGGCGGUCCACCACUGUCCUGAGUACUACCCAGAACCACAGGAGUUCCGACCGGAGCGGUUUUUGCCGGAAAACGCCCACCUUCUGGUUCCCUACACUUGGCUGCCCUUCGGCGCUGGGGCCAGAAACUGCAUCGGCAUGCGCUUUGCUAUGGAGGAGAUGAAGAUUUGCCUGGCCGCUUUACUAGAAAACUUUGAGUUUUCCCCCGCCCCAAACACGCCCAAGGAGUUGGUCUUUCAGCGAG